AUGGGUCUUUUCCUGGAGCGUAUCACGUUGUCGUGCAUCAACAUUUUUUGUAUUACCGCCAUUAUCCGUGAUGCUCGUGGCGGGUGUCGCCUCCCGGACAGGUUCUUAUGCGGCGUCAUCCCGGGCCACGUGCACGGCUUCUACAUAACAUGGACCUACUUCUCGAGAAAGCGCAAGGUCAAGAAGGGCAGAUAUCCCGGCGGGCCCAAGGCUUUCAUCUACAGCAGGAAGGUCAUCAACGGCGACGCGAGCGAUGAGAAGGUGAGGCAGCUGUGGAGGGCGGAGCAGAGGGCCAAGGAGGACAAGCUGAUGCGGAAGCGGUCAUCCAAGAGGAGCAGCCGUUCGAGCCCGUCAAGCCCGAUGAGUAGUGCGAGCCAUCGGUGGAGUGGGCAGAGCUCCGGCGUCGUUGGCAGCAGGAGGGGCCCCUCGACGGCCGCGAGCAGGCGUGGGGGUGGGGGUGGUAGUAGGAGGCAGAGCGCCGUGAUGAACUGA